AUGUCCAGUAAUGGGGACGAACGGAACCAGGACCAGCCAUGGACUAGCCAUCCGGCCUGUUUUUUGAAGGCGCAAGUUUCCCGAAGUUCCGAAAUUCGCACAGAGGCUCCGUUCGCAGCUCGAAAAACCGAUGAAGGGUGGCAGCAAAGGCUUGGCCCGAGAGAAACUUGGUGGACCAGCGUUCAUCCCCCCUGGCCGAUUCGGAGGAAGCUGGGAUCGUCGACCGGAUUUACCUCUUACGCGUGGCUCCUCAUGUUUCUCUCGCAAGGACGACAACGAGCUGCCCCUCACACAAGAAAAGAGAGCUUCAUCGUCCUCUUUAGGACCUGGAGACGGCCACGGGACAUCAAUGCGAGGCGUCGUUAA